AGGCGUGGGUGAUGACGUAGGAAGCCGGGUAUCGUACAAUUUAUGGAAAUCGUCGUAUCAUGACGAGAAAGGAUUUUAUCGCGAGCGAGCUAUAAUAUUAGGAGAAUAAAAUAAAGUUGGAGAUGGGCAGGAUAUUGAGCCAUAUGUUUUUUAAUUUCAGGUCAGUAGGCCGAGUGUCAGCGCCAUAAUAAACCACGAAGACCCGAACGAAAGAAGAUAAGAAUGCAUCAUAGCCGCUUCUGAUCAAGUGGUUGUUGAACGCGCCCCGGCCACCUUAAACAACAUGGGCUCGGAGGCUUGGGAACUCGAACGAAGGUAUUCGGUGCCCGGGGCCCUCGACACACGGGGCCUCGAAGUGCCCGGUGCACCUGCCAGCGAGGACCUGCAUGCUUGGUCCAUUUACAGGCAAAACCUCAACUCGGACUUCACGGACUCGGCUCUGGGUUCGGCGGAAAAGUCGCCUCUACCCUACGGGAACUUCCAGCUGCGCGACUCCACGGUUCAAAGUAUCUUGCGGCACCCACGAUACGGUCCCCGCAGCCCCCUAGCCAACAAUUCCUACACGUACCUCAAGUUCGGGCUGCCUCGAGUCCUGCCUCCAUCAAACCUACGCUCGGGCCGCGAUGCCGGCUCCAGCGGCUACGACUCCAGUGAAGAGGGACGGGUCAGGGCCGCAGCUAGUGGACGAGUCUCUGCUUUCGCUUGUCUCCCAUCUAUGCGCUCCGCCAGAAGCGACCCCGACUUCCGCAACAACGUAUCGCCUCAGGGCCGAGACAACCAUUCGCACAUCGGUAUGUAUCAUCACCAACAGCACAAUCACCACCAUCACAUACUCAAGCCGGUUAACCGAGAAUCGCGCAUGCGCAGCGCUAGCGAGGCCAAUCUCCUGCAAACAACGACCUCGCCGACGGCAAUCAGCUUGUCUCCCCGUCCAAUGACCAACCGAAGGCAUAGUAUAGCUCCCAUCGAUCCCGGUCAUGUUUAUGAUCGUCAUCCCGCCCAUAUAUUGCCUCCGCAGUUACUUCAGCAAAGUAUGCACCACCAACAACAACAGCAGAUGCAACCGCCUCAGCAUCCCCAUCUUCAAAUGCGUGGCAUUGAAGCUAAUGGUCGAUUAAUUAAAAGUGGAGCUACUUAUCUACGAGGCAUCAACCUGGAGGCGGGAGCGGGAGAUAUCCUAGCUAUCAUGUCAACGAGUGAACGGGAAGGCACACUGAUAAUGGAGACGAUAUCGGGUAGAAGACGAAUUAGGAGAGGAGAUAUAUUGCUUAAUGGUAGGCCAGUUUCUGAUAAAACUUUAAGAUCAUCGGUGGCCUACUUAUCAGCGGACACUCCGGAAGCAGGUUUGAGUCCUGGUCUCACAGCCUUCCAAUGCUUGAGCUUUUAUCGGUUAGUCCGCGGGGCGACAGGGGUCUCCUAUCUCGAAACCGAGUCCAUCCUCCAAGAACUCGGACUGGAAGCGACGAAGCAUUGCCUCGUCUCAAGCCUCACCUGCUCUGAGUCUCGUCGACUGGCCCUCGCCUGUCGACUCAUCGAGGGCACGCAGAUUCUUAGCUUGGACAAGCCGACGCGUGGCCUCGACAUCUUCGACGCCUUCUUCCUCAUCGAAUACUUGAGACAAUGGGCUCUCAGAGCGCAGAGACUUGUCUUCUUAACUUUACAUCCACCCACUUAUGAAAUCCUUACAAUGCUAUCGAGGGUCGCUCUCACCUCUGGCGGUAGACUCAUGUACUCGGGGCCAAGAAGGGACAUACUUCCAUAUUUUGCCUUAGCUGAAUUCCCGUGCCCGCCCUUUAAGAACCCGUCUGAUUACUACCUCGACUUGGUAACGCUGGAUGAUCUAUCUGCUGAAGCGAUGCUCGAGUCUUCGCAACGAAUCGAGCAUUUAGCCGAAUUGGCCAGAGCACGGCUUCCACCACUCAGUGAUCCAGGUCCACCAGGUCCUCUGCCCUCCUCUAACUUGGGUGCAAAUAUAUUCGUCCAAACAUAUGCACUAUUUCUGCGCAAGCUUGUCUACAGUCAGCCCUGGAAUACAGCUAUGCUCUUUCGCAAAAUCUUUGUGGCUACGUCACUCAGUGUAGUGCUCGGAUCCAUUUUCUGGGACGUUUCCAAUGAUGCCAAUCUUCACCUGAGAGACAGAAUAGGCUUUCAUUACGCAAGUCUAGGAAUACUUUUUUGGCCACUUAAUUUGCUUGGUAUAGUCGAAACAAUAAAAUGUAGAGCUGGUGUCGAGAGGGAUAUCGAACAUGGCUUAUACAAUAGAUUCGUUUAUAUUGUCGUUGAGCUAAUAUGCAGUUUACCGUCCUGGAGUCUCAUCUACGUCUCAUACUUGGCUCCAGCAUUUGCCAUGACGGGUCUGCACUUGGCCUCCUCGCACGCAGCCGAUUCCGGUCUAAUAUCCACCGAUGAAAAUCUCGAGAGCUUGUGGCGAUACCUAAAUGUUGGCCUCGUUUAUCUUCUUUUUCAGCACUUCUUAUGUAUCCUCUUUACCCGCCUUUGUGGCAGCUCCUGGACCUUUUUGGCCCUUCUUAUAUCCGGCAUCGCUAUUGGGGAGACGACUCUCGGCGCGGGCCUUACUUUGCACCUGGACAAUCUUUAUCCGUGGUACGGAUUGGUGAGUCCAUUGAGAUGGGUAUUUUCGACACUUCUACCGCCUCUGCACAGCCCCGAACUUAUGGCACGACUGAAAAACUGCAAAGCUAAGCAGAUACAACGUCAGGACAUCAUCACUCAGAGCGCAUGUGAAAUGCCCGAUGGUGCAUUGGCGCUCCGAGAAAUCGCAUUGAAUAAUGUCGUUGUACAUAUUCAGGAUGGAUGGCUACUGGUGUGUUUGGGAAUUCUAUUAGUAGCCAUAGUCACAGUCUUUUUAACAAUCAAACAUUCGCCGAAUAAGAGCUCUCUUAAAAGCAUGCCUAAUAAGCCUUAGUACCUUGUGCGAUUUUUUUCUCUCGAGAUUUUCAAAUUCUAUUUGAAUAAUUUAGUCCUUUUUUCGACUACUCAAAGGUAAAUGGAUUUUAAAAGUCAGCCGACCUUGUAUAAGAUGUAAAAUGCGCACAUGUGUAGGCGCAAUGCAAUAAUGAAUAUAAUGUUCGUGCAAUGUUUAUGCUAUUCUAUAAUCUACUUUCGGAUAUGAACAAUUUGCAAAAAAUCAUUCUCUUUGCAUAGAAUGAAUUCAACUUUAAUGAA